AUUGACUUGGGCAUGCUGGGACUUGCAGGCUGGCUUACCAUCUUGUGACGCCAGGGCCGCUGGGAAAUGUAGUCCUUGGCCUGGUCCGGGACAUCGGUGUCCCGUGGGCCCAGCGGUGACAGCUCGGGAGCCCCCUGAAGCAGCUCUAUUACAGCAUGGGAGGUUCCCACCUGCCCUACACCAGACUUUGACGGCUCAUUAUGGACCAGUCUGUGGCGAUUCAGGAGACGCUGGCUGAGGGGGAAUACUGCACCAUCCAGGCUGUACAAGGUGUGCUAUGUACGGGAGACAGCAGGCAGAGCCGUCUGCUGGGGCUGGUGCGGUACCGGCUGGAAAAUGACGCUCAGGAGCAUGCCCUCUUCCUGUAUACACACCGGAGGAUGGCCAUCACAGGAGACGAUGUAUCUCUGGACCAGAUAGUGCCACUCUCAAGAGAUUUUAUGCUGGAAGAAGUAUCCCCAGAUGGUGAACUCUACAUCCUUGGCUCUGAUGUGACAGUACAACUGGACACAGCUGAGCUCAGGCUUGUAUUCCAACUACCUUUUGGCUCACACACCAGACUGUUCCUCCAGGAAGUUGCCAGAGCCUGUCCAGGUUUUGACCCUGAGACGCGGGAUCCCGAGUUCCGGUGGCUGUCUAGACACAGGUGUGCAGGGGCAGAUGUCCAGUCGCCGAAACCGCGCGAGUGGAACUCGGACCCGGGUACCCAGAGCGGGUUCACGCCCAUUGGAGGAGGCAGGUAUCAGUCUGGGAAUGCACGGCGAGGAUUGGAGGAUGUCUUGCUUAGGGGCCCUUGCUACAUUCUGCUUUGGGGCGGAGCCACGGAGGAGUCAGAAUUUCUAUUGGCGGAGGAGGCGCAGGGGGGCGGGCCUGAGGGAGGACGGAGAGCGCGCGGCGGGCGGCGGGAUGAAGCGCUUGAGGAAGCAGACUGGGAAAUGUCGGCGGGCGGCGGCUCUCGGGAAGGCGACUGUGCAGGUGGCUCUAACCCGGACAGCUCGAGACCAAAUGGGAGAGGCCUGCUUAUGGACCAGAGCUCUGGGGCCAGGUGUCUGGAGAAACCAGAAAACUCCCUCACAAGACAGAGUAAAUCUAAGCCUGAUAUUACUGACAUGGUUCGCUCCUCCACAAUCACGGUAUCAGACAAGGCUCACAUUUUAUCCAUGCAGAAGUUUGGGCUGAGAGACACAAUUGUGAAAUCACAUCUCUUGCAGAAGGAAGAGGAUUAUACCUACAUCCAGAACUUCAGGUUUUUUGUGGGUACUUACAAUGUGAAUGGACAGUCCCCCAAAGAGUGCCUCCGGCCCUGGCUGAGCCACAGCACCCAGGCCCCAGAUGUGUACUGUGUAGGGUUCCAGGAGCUUGAUCUGAGUAAAGAAGCCUUUUUCUUUCAUGACACCCCAAAGGAGGAAGAGUGGUUUAAGGCGGUGUCAGAGAGCCUUCACCCAGGUGCCAAAUACGCAAAGGUGAAGCUCAUCCGGCUGGUUGGGAUUAUGUUGCUGUUGUACGUCAAACAGGAGCACGCAGCGUAUAUCUCAGAAGUGGAAGCCGAGACCGUGGGGACAGGAAUCAUGGGGAGGAUGGGUAACAAAGGAGGGGUGGCGAUCCGCUUCCAGCUGCACAACACGAGCAUCUGCGUUGUGAAUUCCCACUUGGCAGCCCACACAGAGGAGUACGAGAGGCGGAACCAAGACUACAAAGACAUCUGUUCCCGGAUGCAGUUCUCCCAGGUGGACCCGAGCCUCCCCCCUCUCACCAUUAGCAAGCACGAUGUGAUCUUGUGGCUGGGGGAUCUCAACUACAGAAUAGAAGAGCUGGAUGUGGAAAAGGUGAAACUGCUCAUCGAAGAGAAGGCCUUUCAAACCCUGUAUGCGUACGACCAGCUGAAAACCCAGGUGGCUGCCAAGAGCGUCUUUGAAGGCUUCACGGAGGGAGAGCUUACCUUCCAGCCCACUUACAAGUACGACACCGGCUCCGACGACUGGGAUACCAGUGAGAAGUGUCGUGCUCCUGCCUGGUGUGACCGAGUCCUCUGGAAAGGAAAGAACAUCUCUCAGCUGAGUUACCAGAGCCACAUGGCCUUGAAGACCAGUGACCACAAGCCUGUCAGCUCAGUGUUUGACAUCGGGGUGAGGGUUGUGAAUGAAGAACUCUACCGAAAGACGCUGGAGGAAAUUGUCCGCUCCCUGGAUAAGAUGGAAAAUGCCAACAUUCCUUCUGUGUCACUCUCCAAACGGGAGUUCUGUUUUGAGAAUGUGAAGUACAUGCAGUUGCAAACCGAGUCCUUCACGAUCCAUAAUGGCCAAGUGCCCUGUCAGUUUGAGUUCAUCAACAAGCCUGGUGAAGACUCCUACUGUAAGCAGUGGCUGACUGCCAAACCCAGCAAAGGCUUCCUCCUGCCAGAUUCUCACGUUGAGAUUGAAUUGGAGCUCUUUGUAAACAAGGCUACCGCCACAAAACUCAACUCAGGCGAAGACAAAAUUGAAGACAUUCUGGUUUUGCACUUGGUCCGGGGAAAGGAUUACUUUUUGUCUGUGUCUGGGAACUACCUGCCCAGCUGUUUCGGGUCUCCCCUUCAUACAUUGUGCUACAUGAGGGAGCCAAUCUUAGACCUACCACUGGAUACUGUUAGCAAGCUGACCUUGAUGCCAAUGCAGUCUGCAGAUGAGAGGAACCAGUUGGAGAACCCCAUGGAAAUCCCCAAAGAACUCUGGAUGAUGGUCGAUUACUUGUAUAGAAAUGCUCUCCAGCAGGAAGAUCUGUUUCAGCAGCCAGGCCUGAGGCCGGAAUUUGAGCAUAUAAGGGACUGUUUGGACACUGGGAUGAUUGACAACCUCUGCGCUAACAACCACUCCGUAGCCGAAGCCUUGCUGCUUUUCCUAGAGAGCCUGCCAGAGCCCGUCAUCUGCUACAGCGCCUACCAUAGCUGCUUGGAGUGCUCUGGCAAUUACACAGGCAGCAGACAGGUCAUUUCUACUCUCCCUACAUUCCACAAAAAUGUCUUCAACUACUUGAUGGCGUUUUUGCAAGAGUUGCUGAAAAAUUCAGCAAAAAAUCAUUUGGAUGAAAAUAUUCUGGCUAGUAUAUUUGGCAGCUUACUGCUCCGAAACCCAGCUCAUCACCAAAAGCUUGACAUGGCGGAGAAGAAGAAGGCCCAAGAGUUUAUUCACCAGUUCCUCUGCAGCCCAGUCUGAACCUCAGUACUCCUGUUUUACCCAAGGCAGCCACAACCGUCAGCCCCACCUGUUCCAGCUCAAGAGCUGUCCGAACGUGCACUGAGGCCAGCUGGGAGCAAGAACGGCAGCUGUGUGUGUCUUGAGCCUAGAGCAGCCUGCCCGUACCCAUGCCAUUGGCUGGCACACCCUUGCUGACUUGUGAAGACAUGGGGGGAAGCCACAAUAAUAGAACUGACGUUCAGUAUUCAACUUCAGUUAUUUAACACAAGUAGAUCUCUAUAAAUUUAUAUUUAAAAAACUUUUUUUAAGUAACUGUACUUUGCCUUACUCAACCUGCCUCCAGGACAUGUAUGUAUGUAUGUCAGUGAGUUUCCUGCAUCCCAGACUCAUAAUUAGAUAUUUGGACUAACUGAAGUCCUUGAAGGAGACUGAAUUGGACAGCAGGAAUUUGGUUAGAUGUUCUGGAUAAACAAGUUUUAGCCAUUCCAGAUGCUUCCACUGUCCAAACUGAGGACAUGUAUAUACACAGGGCGACCCUGUCCCCAUUCUGCUCAGCUCCAAGGCCUCUCAGUCGCCCCUAGAAGCACAGAAGAAAGGAGGCUGUGGUGAAACAAGUGGGAUUUUGUAGGCCAGCCUGUCCUCCCAACUGUAUAUAAUGCAUCCCCUCUCAUAUGUGUAAUAUAUUUUAAUGAUAAAUGUAUUUUUAACAGUCA